GGUGACAUUUCAUCUCAGACUCUCUCUCCGAGGAGGAGCCCCGGCCCCUCAUGGUCCAGCGGGGCCUCUCCGCGGGGCCCCAGGCCGGCAGCAGCCACCCAGGAAGCAGAGGCCGAGGCCGAGGCGGCCCUGUGAAUUUGGUGGUGAAACGCAACCAGAAUGACAAUUUUGGACACUCAGCUCUUCUGUCCAUGGAACAGGUACAGCAGCGACAACAGUAGUUGAACGAUCGCUCUCCUGCUGAAGCCCUACACUAGUUUGCACUAUCCACUAGACUCUGUGCUCCAUGCUUUUGAGACCAGGAGAGACUUAAAACUCUGAAAUGAAGAUGGAGGCAGUAGAAAAAGCAGAAGAACUCAUUGAUCCAGAGGUCCCACCAAAACUCCCAGAAAAACAAGAGGCCGUUCUGGGCGAAGAGGGAUCUAUAGAACUAGAAAUCAACACUCAAAAAGAGAGCGGAGCUGUUGCAGAAGAUUCAACAGUGCUUGCUGCAAUGCCAUGCUUGCUGAUGGAACUGAGAAGGGACUCCUCAGAAUCUCAGCUAGCAUCAACAGAGAGUGACAAGCCAACAGCUGGUCGUGUUUAUGAGAGUGACUCUUCCAACCAUUGCAUGCUGUCCCCUUCUUCCAGUGGUCACUUGGCUGAUUCAGACACUCUAUCUUCUGCAGAAGAAAAUGAGCCCAGCCAAGCUGAAGCAACGGUAGAAGGAGACCCUUCUGCAAUGUCAGGGUCUACUGUUGGGAGGAAAUCCAGGCGAUCCAGGUCAGAAAGUGAAACCUCAACAAUGGCUGCAAAGAAAAACCGGCAAUCUAGUGAUAAGCAGAAUGGUCGUGUCACUAAGGUCAAAGGUCAUCGAAGCCAAAAGCACAAAGAGAGAAUUCGGUUAUUAAGGCAGAAACGAGAGGCAGCUGCCCGCAAGAAAUACAACCUGCUGCAGGACAGCAGUACCAGUGAUAGUGACCUAACCUGUGACUCAAGCACGAGUUCAUCAGAUGAUGACGAAGAAGUUUCAGGAAGCAGCAAGACAAUCACUGCAGAGAUACCAGCUGGCUUCAGUCGUGCUGGGGGAUCUGAAGGAGCGACCAGGGAAAUUCCAGGAUUGCUUGACAGGGGCACCGUAUGGGAUAGGAACUGCAUAGGCAGUGUCCUAGAAGAGGCCAUGAACUGCUUUGCGGAGAUGCAGAGGCAGACAGAGGAAAAGUUUCGGAUGUGGAUAGAAAAGCUAACCCAUCUUGACACGGAUGAAGAAAGCAAGCAGCAACUGGAGCCCAGAGAACUUAAAGUACCAAUAGCUGGCCAAAGAAAUUCCCCAACUACUCAGGCAGGGGUAUUUGUGCAGGUGCCUGUACUUCCACAGCAGUCUUUUAAUUCUUACGUGAGCUAUCAAAACACUGAAACGGCCUUAGAGUUUCCAGCAAGUAUUAAUAACAAUUUUCCAGCCAACUUUCCUGAAAAUGGGAACAUUGCAGAAUCCAACUUGAAUCAUUCGCAGACUUAACAUGGCUCUCAGUUUCUCCCUUUUGUCUUGGAUCAUACUUCAAAAGCUGACCAUUGGGUUCCAUAGGAAUUUUCAUUUUUUGCUUAGGCUUUCUAACAGCCAGUCAUUUGUUUUGUUAUGUUUCCUGAAAGAAAAAUCAAUGUACUUGGGUUGACAUUAAAGUGCUUCUCCUCCCCAGCAUACCAUCAGCAAAGUGGGGCAAGCUGAACAAUUUUGCAAUCUUCGUGUGUGUGUGUGUGUGUCUUACUGUAGAAGCAAUUGAUGUAUUCCCCUUUCUGCUCCUUUUGCAUGCCAGAAGUGUUUACUUGUGAAAAUAUAAAUUUGGAAUUGAAAGAAUCCUUAUGUACCCAUCUAGUAUGUCAUGUGAAUAUUUUCUUAACAGAUUGUAGUAUCUAGAUUGUGCAGUUUGAACAAAAUUAUAUAUUGUGUAUCAUAUUUCUUUCAUCUCCAAUUAUCUUGAGCAGAAGUUUGCCAGUCUGUGAAUUUGGAUAGAUUGGAUAAGUCAGUAUUCAUAUCCUCUCCACUAGCAUUUAUUUUCCUCACACAUUUUUGUGUUUGUAACAUUUAUAUUUAGAAAAGUAACAAACACUGAAGUCCAUGGUAGUUUGAGAGAGAGAAGCAAUAGGUCUGUCUACUUCAAAAUGUUGAAUAAAAGAAGUUGAGUAAGGUUUUCCUGUACCAAUGUACUUGCUUUAAAGAUUUUUGCCACCUGUCUAAACAGAGCAAAAGUGCAUGUGUGCUGUGUAUGUCUAGGUUGUGUCUCCAUGUCACAACUAAAUGCCAGAUCAGUUCUGAAAUAAUAAAAAUUGAGUUUCAGAACUUGAGGUUUGGCCUGACAUGAAUGAAUAAUUAAAAUAUAUUAGCUGCAACCCAGGGAGCCUCUUUGGCAGAUCAUGCAAGGACCAGUUCCUGCAUGAUAAAUUACUUUUGAAACUAACAAUGUAUCAUGCCUGCCUUCAUAAUGCUUAGUUCAAAUUGCUGAAUGGACUAAAGUCAGCUGACUAACUGCAAGUAAACUGACAUGCUCAUGCAUUGCUCUUGGGGCAGAAAAAGUUUCAGCUCCCCAAAAUAGAAAAUAAAUGUGGAGAUGGAGCAUGCACAUAUGCAUGCUAGAAGUUUCUCUAUGCAGUGUUGUUUGUGUGGCUAUUCUGAAUCAUGGAUAUAUAUAUAUUUUUAAUCCAUGUUUCAAUAAAAGCUUUUUCUGAGCCUUCACUGGACUAUACUCCUAAACUCGCUGUUUGGGACUACCCAGGCAUUAAUUCAAUUAUUGUAAUUAUUUCUAGGUUUACGUUAAGCUCUACGCUUGGGCUAUAGUUUAAUGUUAAAUAAUCAUGCCUGCAAAGUUGUUGGUUAAAUAAGUUUCAGAAUCAUAAUUGGACUAGGGAAAACUGACUGUUCUUACCUACUUCUGCUUUCAGUGGGAAAAUAAUUUGGGCUGGCAACACAAAAUUUACUGUGUUAAAGGCACCAAAGAAAAAAGUUUUUAAAAGUUGAACUCUUGUUCUAAACAUUUAUUUAGAAUUGAUCCAACUUGAGCAAAAACAAACAAACCCUGAGCCAUUAUUUCUAGCAUGAUGAUAAACUUAUUUGUUCAGAAAUAAAUCCCACUGAGUUCAGUGGAACCUGGUAAUAAUUUUGUUUAGAAUUGCAGCCUAAAAUUUGUAGAAGUUGGCUGAAAUCUAAAAGAUAGCUUCACUACCUCUGUGUGCCCCAAGAUACAUGUUAAUUUAAUAGCAGACCUUUGGGGCCUUUUGCACUUUGUGAUUUUGAUAUGCUUUUCAUAAACUUUCAGAAAUUGGAGAUGGUAUAACCACGUCUUUGGUAGAACCUAAAGUAACUAUUUGGCUUCCUAUGUUUUACUUCGGUCUCUGCUUAAUUUGUUUGAAAUAAUGACCUUUAAUUUCUCUUGAAUAUCACAGCGUAUAUUGCUGUAUGGCCUUCCCUUUCAUUAAUGUGAUCUCUGAUAUUAUGAAAGCAAAGUAAAUUUUAAACAUGUAAAUAUAUUUCCUGCUCUAUCUGCUUUUUAAAGGAUGCACUUUCAGGGUAACUGUUUAAAAGGCUAUGCAGGAUAUAAUUUUGUGUAAAAACAAAUGUUAAUGAUUUCUAAAUCAAUUUUGGUGUUAAAUCUUUCCAUGUAUAAUUUUGAUAUGGAUAUUUUGAUGUGAAUUUGGUAUCCUCCUGCACUGAAAACCAUGUGUAUAUUUAGCACAAUUAAUUUCAAAGGAUAAGAUCAUUUUUAUUAUCUCAACAGGUCUGGGUUUGUUUUCUGCUUUUUGUUUUUUUGUUUUUUGCCUUGAAUAAAACAUUUUGUAUUUGCCCCAACUGAUUUUAAAGUUAAGACCUUGCUGUGAUUAUUUUGAAAUAAACACUUAGAGGCUUAAUAAGAACUGCAUGCUAAUUUAUAGGUCUUUUGAUGAAUAUGGAGACUACUUUUUAUAUAGCAUAUCGUCACCAAGAAUGUUAUGAAACAUUUUUUUUAAAUGGAUGGUACAUGUAUGUUAGAAACUAGAUCACCUGAGUCAGUUUACACUGUAGACCUCUCAAGGUAUAAUAAUUUUGAUGGGCGCUAAACUAAUUCAAACUGGCCUGAAAUGUUAGUAGAUUCUUUUCUAAUUUUUAUCCUCUUGAAUCCCUGCAAUCUUUGCUAAUUUAAUUUUGAAAUUAAAUGCCAUUUUAUUGAAAAGCAUCAAAGGACUCAUGGUGAUCAUGAGUCAUCAGGUUUAUGGUUUGGUACAUGUAUUACCUGUUUUCUGUAAAAUCCUGGCAUUUCUUCAGUAUUCCCAUAUUAUGGUUGGUAUUAUGGUAAUGCAUCUUGUUAAAACUGUUGUCCAAAAAUACCUAGCAACUGGAAACUGGCUUUUGAUUUGUUAAUGAUCAAGAGGCAAUGAAAAUGUAAUACUAUUUCCCCCUUACUCAUGGUUAAAAAGAGCAAGAGUCAACUGUGCCUCACUUUUUCCUGCUACUUUGAAUGGUUCAGGGAUAUGCCACCUAAUCUCUGACAUGGUCAGUCACAAAAUUUCAAUUCUGCUUUAGUAUUAACCACAGUUAAGGUUGGAACCACCAUUUUCUUUUAACUAUGAAAAGGGAAAACAGCCUUCACGGUCUAUUCCUGAUCCUUUAGCCAUGGUUAAGAAGGAAGAAACUUUGCAUCAGCAUCUAACAGUUUUAUUCACCUAUAUGCUUCUCUCCCCCAUUCCAUAGUAUUCUGUGAACAUGGGGGGGGGGGGACAAACGAACAAACCCAAAAACAUUAGCAAUGCAAUAAAUGGAAGAUACAUUAGAAACAAAGUAAUAACUUCUACAUUUGAUAUCCAAAUAACUUGUAAGCCUUAUUUAUAGAUUAAUAUGUCUUCAUUUGUUAGCUGUCCUUUUUGUCAACCUUGAAAAUAUUUUUUUUAUGUGAAACACAGUUAACCCAGCUGAUCAGAGACCCAUUCACUGUUUUCUCUGUAUUUGCUGCAAGUCACUUCUGUCAGUUUGAGGAAGCUGCAUCAACGUAUGUAAUUCUGGCAGUUUGAGAAAAUCUAGACCAUGGUAGAGAAGCCCAUGAUGCAACUCAUUCUCAGGCUAGUAUUGCCCUCCAUGAGAACUGGGAAAUACUGGCAUAGGAAGCAGCUGUAUCCUGGCCUUGUCCCACAUGUUGUCUUACCUUCUUACCAGAGUGAGAACUGUUGUAGCAGCUCCUACACUAUGAAGGUGUAAUGUACAGGGUAUCUUAAAUCUGUAUUCUUAUAAAUUAAUUGCAAAGUAAAUCCCAGUAAAUCAAUGGGACUAUUUCUGAGUAAGUAUGUGUUGUAUUUUGUGUUGAAAAUCGAGAACAAGUCUGUGGACCAGAAGCCCCUUGAUGUAAGGAGGUGCUCAAAAGGAGCCAUCCCAUAUUUGUGGAACCCAUGCUCCCUUGAAGUAAAGUUGGGAAUGCCCAGCAGUAAGGCAAGAAUGAGGGUAAGCAUUAAAACAAUGGUUCAUGCUAGCCAGCUUGUUCUGGCAUCAUGUUGAGCUGAGGAAACCUGCAUUAUGGACUACCUUAAAGCAGCUGUCAGAGAGCACUCUAUAGGGUCCGUUAGCAGGUACCCUCUUCUGUCGUUCUAGUGAUGAAAAGUAGAGCAAAGGGAUGCUUUUAGGACACCAGCCUGGAUGGUAAGCAGUGUGUGAACAUGGCAGUGGGUCAGGUAAAAAAUGCAGAGCUUGGAGAAAGAAUAACAUGCCCCCAACUCUGAUUCUUGGUGAUGCUCCUGCACCUUAGAAGAAGGGAAAUAUCCUCUUCCUAUUAUCAGAGCCUGCCACCCCUUUAACUUUCGUGAGGCCUAUCCAUGAAGGUAUAUGAGGUAUUGGCCAGAGGCUUUUGUUUUGGUGGCAGGUUUUCAAAUCCCAGUAAGAGAUACCUGUUGUCCAUUCCCCUGAAAAAUAUAUAAAGUGUUGAACCAAGAAAUGUCCAGCAAAUAAAUGAAUUAUAUCUGCUGAUUAUGCUCUGUGAGUCUCACCAAGUGAUUUUUUGAACAGAUUCAUUGCCUUUCUUUUGAUGCUGUCACUGUUAGAGAUUUAACUGUGAACUACCCCAUGUUCCAACUUGAUUAAUACUGACCAUGUGAUAUAGUUGGAAUAUUGUUUUCAAAAUGUUUCUUAAAAACCAAUGUCAUUUCUAAAUUCAUGCUAUCUGUUUCUCUCAUGUAGAGUCAUCACAUUGCAAUUGCUGUGUGUUUUUAUCUUAGCCAUUUGCCUUUUUUUUAAUGUAAAUUCACAAAACAUGAGUAAUUCAAUCCAUCCCUUCUUCAUUCAUUGUAUUAGUAUUUCUUUGUGUGUUUCUAGUUAUUUGUAUUUUUAACUUUAAAUUCAAAUUUAGGACAGCAACAAGUUUAUGAACAUUCUUGCUACUGGAGGUCUAAAUAUGUACAAGGAAAAGCCCAUUAAAAACUGGAUUCCAACUAAUUAGGACCACUGGAUGUAACAUUUCUUAAUCUUUUCACCAUCAUUCAAGAGGUCAGAAAUGCCUCUCAGGGUAUGUCUAUUUGAGCCAUUUAAACUGGUUUCCCCCCUGCCUUCAUGUCGCCCUGUCUUCACAACACAGGGCCAAAGCCCCAGUUUGAUUACAGUCUGUCUUCACAGUGUGAGGGCAGUUCUGCAUCAAAUCCAGUCUGUCCCUGCAGUGUACAAUUACUUACUUUUUGCUUCAGAUUUUACAGGAAAAUCCAGAGUUCUCUGAAGUAAUGCUGAGUGGCUGUUUACAGUUACACCACUGGCACAUGUCUCUCCUUCUGAGGUCACAACAAGGUUCCCGGCCAUUUGACCGAUGCUGGGCCCUUCACUUUCGACCUCGGAGGAAGUGACUUGUGGUGCUGGGCAACACAGCAGGAUGUGUGUGUAGAUGGCUGCCUGGUGUCAUUCCAGAAUGCAGAGGUAAUGGGGAAUUCAGGGCAUCUUCGGGAUCAGAUUACUCUGGUGGCAGUCUAGAGUAUUUUGGCCAGUGUAGACCUGCCCUCAGGCGUGCAUGUUUUUCUCAUCUUCACUUGCUCCCUCUCUUUCUCUUUUAAGCAUCGAUCAUGAUUUAUUGUUACUUCAGCAUGAAAGCUAAAGCUAAGUGCCACUACAGUUUCAAUUUUGUUUAAAGUUAACUAGGCACACAACAGCAAUGGGCCCAGGGCUGUGCAGAGUUAGCUUUGAAAAGGGAGAUAAUAGCUCAAAUUUCUGAGGGACACUCCCAAUCUUAACCAUGGUUGAAAAAUAAGAGACCUAUAUGUCUUCCUUGACCCUUAUAGCAAAAUGCACACAAAUAUCAUGUCAGCCUUGAAAAGCUCUGGGCUUUCCCUCUCUUAAAUGUUGCAACCUUGAUGCAAUAAAAAAGUAAAUUAUGAAACUUGGUUAUUUCUUCACAUAACCCAUGGAAUUAGCUCAGAAGUCAUUUCUUUAACCUUCCUGUGUAAUCUUCCUGCAACAAUCUUUCUCUGCUAUAUUUUUGUCC